CCUAUCAGAUCUGAUUUCUCAACACAGGAAUGAGAAUUUGUCCAACAACAAACACACCUGCUGAUAUCUCUGUUGCUAAUCUACUGUAAGUGGAAUGGACAACAGUACUUUUCCUUUUUACUUUAACCUCACCAUGUUUAUGAACAUUGGACACUACCGCUAUCCAGUCUUUGUUGUUGGUCUCCUGCUCUACAGCUUCAUUGUCUCUGCUAAUCUUAUCUUAACUCUGGUGAUAUGUCGAGAGAGAACACUACAUGAGCCCAUGUAUAUAUUUAUUGCAUGUUUAUCUGUCAGCUCUUUGUAUGGUUCUACUGGUUUCUUCCCCAGAUUCCUCAUAGACCUUCUGUCUGAUACUCACAUGAUCUCUCGUCCUGCUUGUUUCACUCAGAUCUAUGUUAUUUACACAUAUACUUCCUAUGAAUUGACCAUUCUUGGCAUUAUGGCACAUGAUAGAUAUGUUGCUGUAUGUCAUCCUUUACACUAUCACAGAAAGAUGAAUUCUAAAACAAUGAUCACGUUGGCAAUAUUGGCUUGGAUCCUUCCAGUCCCAGUUAUUAAUACAUACAUUUAUUUGUCUUCCAGGCUUCCUUUAUGUGGUAAUGAGAUACACAAAGUGUUUUGUGCCAACUGGAAUAUUGUAAAAUUAUCAUGUGUUAGCACUGUUGUCAACAACAUUGUGGGUAUGUUUUUUACCAUAGCUUUAUUUUCCCUCUCCCUCUUUUAUGUCCUGUACACCUAUUUGCGAAUUGUGGUUGUUUGCUGGAAAAGCUCAGCAGAUUUCAAAGGGAGAGUAUUAAAUAAGUGUCUGCCACAUGUUGUUUCAUUUGUUAUUUAUUGUAUCAUAGGAUUUUCUGAUAUUGUCUUGAGCCGGUAUAAUCUGGAAGCUAUGAAUCCAUUUGUGGCUAUUAUUUUGUCACUGGAGUUUGUUAUUAUCCCUCCAGUCGUAAAUCCUCUUGUGUAUGGCCUUAAAUUACCAGAAAUUAGAAGACACAUUUUAAAGUUGUUGCAAUGGUUUAAAUAA